GGGAUCUUAGCAACUUCACUUCCAUGUCUUUCUUCGAGGUGAUUGAAAUCUAAAAGUUUGUGCAUGCAGUGGUCUUCCCGGCUUCUAGACUCGGUGUCUAUCAUAUACCCAGAAGGUCCACCUGGGGUAGAUGUGUGACUCGGAGUGGAGUGGGCCCAACAGCAUAUUAGAGUACACCCUUAGUUGAAGACAUCCCGUCAGAUAUCUAGUACUUGACAUAAGGAUAAUUUUCUACACCUUCUGUACGGACGCGAACCAGACGUCGUUGAUCACAGCACGACAAUGGACUACAAGGCAAGCAUUGAGAUCGAUUUCGAGAAGGGAAAGCCUCUCAAGAGGUCUUCUACAUUGCGCUCGGUGUUUUUUUCUCCCACUUUCUUCAUUGUUUCUGCCGUCGUCCUAGCACUCGGGCUUUUCAACCAUGAUAUUUUCGGCAUUCAGUGGCCACUCUGGCUAUAUGGCAAAGCCACACAGGCCGAUCAACUUGUUCGACACUACAACCUGGAAUUUGGCACUCGUUGGAUGAAUCCGGAUGGAGGUCGCUGGAGAGUAAUGCUCACUUGCAACGGAGAGUCGCCAUGUCCAACACUGUAUGCCGAGGAAGGCGAUCUCAUUGCUCUGCACCUGCAGAACGACAUGUACGCUCAGAACUCGAUUCACAUUUCGGGCCUACAUUAUCCAAACAGAGCUGGCCCGUGGAAUGAAGGAACCGGUGGUAUUUCACAGUAUCCAACCUUGUCGAGAGGGAACUUUUCAACGGUUCAUGAUACCACUGACCAAUGGGGUCUGCGCUGGUAUAUUGAGCACACUACUGCAGGUUCUGUCGAUGGACUGUACGGCGUAGUCUGGAUCGCGCCUAGUCCAUCACGGCCUAGGCCAUACCACUUGAUUACCUCAGAUCCCAUCGAACUGCGGAAAAUUAAGGAGGCCGAGAGCCGCAUUCAGCACCUGGAUAUUAAGAACCAUCAGCAUCGGGAUACCGGAUGGAAGCUCCUGCGGAUGAAAGCAGAGGGGUCCGAGUUUUACUGCUAUGACUCCAUUAUUAUCAACGGACAUGGAAGAGUCCACUGUAGACAUCCCGACUAUGCCCAACUGAAUGGACAGUCUCUUGACGAAAAGGGAUGCAUUCAGCCCCCUGGACUUCCCGCCGAGUCUUGUAAACCAAGCACGGCACCCUAUGAGAUUAUAGAAACGAAUGGUCAAUCAUACAUAAUGAUGAACCUGAUCAACCUUGGGUUCGAGCAUUCUGUCAUGGUGUCGAUAGACGACCACAAGAUGAUUGUGGUCGCUAACGAUAACGGGUUCACCGAGCCAUACGAGACAGAUGUCGUAUAUAUCACCAACGCGGCACGAGUGACAGUGCUAGUAAAGCUCGACCGCGAGCCUGGGGACUAUACCAUGCGCUAUAUUUCUACCAGCAUUUUGCAGAAUCUUCAGGGUUAUUCAAUACUCCGUUAUCCUGGCAUAAGAAAGCAGCCAAUGCUUGGCCAACCCAUGGAACUCCCGCAACCGCCAGCAAACAGUAUUGUAUGUGUCCUGCCGGACGGUUCAGUCGACCCCCGAUGCAAGCAAGUCGACCUCAAUUACGUGCCUCCCUACCCAGCAUCUCCUAUACCCACUUCUCGCCAUAAAGCUCCCAUAGAUGCUGAUUUCACAUUCCACUUGACUACUGGCGUACAGCCCUCCCUCACCCAGCCCCAUGUGCCCGAGUUCUACCUCAAUAAGAAACCCUGGCAGCUCUUCCGCAGCGCCAUGAAGCCUUUGCUCCUUGUCAAUCUGACGCAGGACUACGACACUUUGGAAGCGCCUAUUAUCAAGGACCUUCCUCUGGGCUCGGUCGUUGAUUUAAUUAUACAUAAUGACUUGAACGAAAGUAUCUCGUUGUACAAGCACGGUGCGCCGUCGUGGCUGAUGGGCUCGGCCGCGAAUGACUUGUUCGAGUAUUCGACGGUACGGGAGGCUGUUGAGGAUGGAAAGGCGCUCAAUUUGGAAAAUCCAGGCCGGGUGAUCUCCCACGACUUGCCGCCUUUGGGAUGGACCGUCAAUCGCUUCCAGGUUACGAGCAAGAUGGCGGGCAUGAUCCAUUCAGGCAAGCUGAAGUACUUCGCGUUGGGCAUGGCGGCGCCCAUUUUGGAGGGAAUUACCCCUGAGGAUCCUCUGGACGCACCGGCUGGUGCGCUGAACCGGCCUCAUAUCGAGUUCAAGCCAAAGAAUGAUGGAAUAUUUGGUUGAGCUAGUGGAGAAGUUAGAAGCUGGUAUACCGUCCCAAAACUUGAUUCGCUGCGUCUUUCAUCAUAAUAUGUUCACUACAAGCUCUCAUGGCGAGGCAGUGCACGAAUGUGUUUUGAUAUUUACAUUUUUAGCUCAUCAAUCGUAAGGGUGAGCAAUCAGGUAUUGCGGGGAAUUACGAAACAGCAGUGUCUCCUGCUAGAUACAAAUUCUCAUUAAUACAUUUUCGUAGAAUAAACUGAAAUAUUUGUCAAUUCAAGAACAUGG